GGUCUUGGUGUUCAACUACCACCUAUAAAUAAGCCUGUCGAGUUCGACACAGUAGCAUUUAGCAAACUACAGAAGAAGAUGAGUGAAGCGAGCAUGACCACUGUGGAAGAACAAGUGCUCUUCUCCUCCUCAGUCGGUUACCAGUUGCCUCUUCGAGCGACAGUAAGCGAGAGGACCCGGUUUCGCCGGAGGAGGAGGAAGGCGAACGAAGGUGACGGUGACGGCAGCGGAAAUAAGAGGAGGCUGAGCGAGGAACAGGUGGAGUUCUUGGAGAGGAGUUUCGCGGAGGAGAGGAGAUUAGAGACGGGGAGGAAGGACCGGCUGGCCGCCAAGGUCGGGCUGGACUCCAAGCAGGUGGCGGUGUGGUUCCAGAACCGGCGGGCGCGGCACAAGAGCAAGCAGAUGGUGGAGGACUACGCCAAAUUGAAGGCCGCCCACGACGCCGCCGUCGUCGAGAAAUACCACCUGGAAAACGAGGUGCUGAAACUGAAACAGAGGCUUGCGGAAGCAGAGGAGCAGAUAAGGAAGCACUCCCCGGGCGUGAAUGCAGCUCCCGACGACGCAGGCGUCGGUGAUGGCAGCCCGAGCUCAUGUUUCUCGAGCGUCCUCCCAUUUGCUGGGGAGUUCGGGGUGGAAGGAGGAGCCGAGCUCACGUACAUGCAUGACUUCGACUUCAACAGCUACAUGACCGUAAUGGAGUGGGCAGUUUGCAAUGAUCACUCGAUGGAAUUGUAAUUAAUUAGUGUUUUAUAUGACAAUAAUGGAAGCAGAUCGACUCUGUCUCUUGCAACGCGAGUGAAUCGGCAAAAGGCAGGCGGCCGCUGGAGGUAGGAGGCAGGUCGCCGCCGCCGCCGCCGCCGAGUC